AUCAGUGUCUCAGUGUCAGCCGCUCUGCAGCAUGUAAUAGGAAACAUACUUGAUCAACACUUUCUGCUCCGCGGGAUGUGAGUUCAGCCACAGAUAAGCGAUCAGGAUGGUAGCAGAGGCCUGGACUGAUGCGGACAGACCGAAGCGAUGGAGGAGACAACGCCAGACCCUGCUUUCGUGGACGUGGACCAGGGUUUGACCCUGACAUGCAUCGCCUUCCUCUGUCUACUGCUGGUGGCAAUGAUCAUCCGCUGUGCCAAAGUCAUCAUGGACCCUUACAGCGCCAUUCCCACCUCCACCUGGGAGGAGCAGCACUUGGACGACUAGCAGAUUUUCCCAUGACCUCGGCAAAUAAACAUGCACCUGCAUUCAAUCAAACCCUAACAUCAUGUUACAACCAGUACACAGAUGUCUGUGGGAUAUUUAAGUUGCUAGUCAUCUUCUAGCAUACAGCAUCACUAGCUUUGAAGUCGUUUUUAUGGAAACUGAGUUGAAUUCUUCCCAACCAACACUGUAUUAAACAAGAAGACAUGAAUCCCGAAAUGAAGUUGAUUUUGACACCCAUAUCCUCUUUUUUGCCCCUGCCCUGAAAGGGCUUCAGUUCAACAAAAACGAAAUCAUUCCAAACGAAGCACAAACAAGCCAAAAUCAGACACUUCAAACCACACUAACCUGACGUUCUCACAACCAAUGCAUCCGGAAUUUGUAGUUAAACAAGCAAAUUCACAUUUUUAUAUUUCAUAAUGAUAAAUGAUAUACACAUUCAAGUAAGGCACGGAAAACAUGUCUAGCUAUGCUAUUUUGUACGCAAAUGAAGCUGCAUUUUUAGCGUUGCCACAAGGGGUGCUACAGCUGUCUUCUUAAUGUCAAUUUUCUUUUUCACAGUCAUGGUGAAACAACAGUUUGCUAAAAGGCUAGUUAAAAGCCAGCAUGUUUAUUUAUGGUUUAUUGGAACAGUAAUUUACUGUUAACUCUAUCGUCCCCUUGAGUAGCACCACUGCGAAUACAAUAUUUACAACGGGACUGCAUACUUGUAAUACAUUGGUCAAGCAUUCACAUUUACAGACUUGCACAAAGGAUGAUCUUAAUCGUGAUUAUCUUUAGCAAGAAGACACAACCUUGACUGAAGGCCUUGUGAAAAUGGUUGCAUUUAUCUAUAUUAAUGUUGUCUUUACAAGAGCAUCUGUCUCUUUCAUCAGCUCUUAUAUGAUAUGAUCCCUUGAUGUGGUUUAAUCAUGUUGUCCUUGAUUACUUGUAUGCAUUUGCAGAGAGCUAUAGUCUGCAUCAUAUCAAGUGCCUCAGCUGAAGUCAUAUAAAUGAAGUCAUGAAUGAAUACAUCCUUCAUUCACGUGAAGGACAAAAUAACUAAAUGCCAGUGUCCUGUUUGAUAAGAAAAUGCAAAUGUACAACAUGUCUGUUCCUAACCACAAUAAAGAUAAUAGUAAUUCCAA